AUGUCUCAAAAAGAUUUGGUUGAUGAUAUAUCCGAGGAGGAAGUCGAAGACAUUGGGUACUCAGAGAGUGGCAUAAACGGCGGCAACAAUAGUAAAACGGAUCAGGAAAAGAAUAGUAUGAUGUCUCAGCUAGGAAAUGGAAGAGGUACUUCCGAGAGGAGAUCGGACGAGAAAGAGAAUUCGAGUGCGAAAAAAGAAGACGAGAGCGUGAAACUUAACGAUGAAAUACCGCCAUCACUUGUGAGCUAUCUAAAGACCGAUCCGAGAACCGGACUGACCACCGAAGAAGCGAAAUCACGGUUGGGAAGGUUUGGAAGGAAUGAGAUCUCUGAAACCAAAACCAAUCCUAUCAUGAAAUUCGCCUCCUACUUCCGAGGUCCCAUCGCUUAUCUGAUAGAAAUCGCAUGCAUUGUCGCCGCUAUUGUUCGCGACUGGGUCGACUUUGGAAUCAUAUUCGCGCUACUGGUUGUCAAUGCGUGUAUUGGUUUCUUCGAAGAAUCCAGAGCAGAGUCUGCGUUGGAUGCGCUGCGUCAAACUUUAGCAUUGAAGUCUCGGGUAAUGAGGGAUGGUAAGUUGGUGCAAUUAGAUUCGGCGGAAUUGGUGCCGGGCGACGUGAUCGUGUUGAGAAUUGGUGAUAUUGUACCGGCGGAUUCUCAGUUAUUGGGAGUCACGGUGACCGGGAAUGAAUCGGACGACGGUUUACUAAUCGACCAGUCGGCUUUGACGGCCGGAGCAAAAACCUUCAUCGGUCGAGCAGCAACCUUGAUGAACAUGACCGUGGAUCAAGGAGGUGACGUGCUGAGUACUCUGCAACUAGUACUGGUGUUGACAGUUGCUGCCAUUCCGGUCGGAUUGCCGACUGUGCUGUCGGUUACAAUGGCCGUGGGAGCAAAGCAACUAGCCUCCAAGAAAGUUAUCAUCAAACGUUUAACUGCCGUCGAAGAACUGGCCUCGGUUAACCUCCUGUGCACGGACAAAACUGGCACGCUCACAUUGAACGAUCUUACGUUCGACGAACCGUGGUUAUAUAACGAUCACACCAGUUCCGAAUUACUCCUCUAUUCCUACCUUUGUUCGGAGUCCGAUACCAAUGAUGCCAUAGAAACCGCCGUGAGAAAAGCUGCAGAAUCGGAACUUGACAUCUUAAAGGAUAACGAAAAUGAUCGCGAAGUUCCGGGCUAUAAGGUUACCUCGUUUGUUCCCUUUAAUCCUUCGAACAAAUAUACUAGAGCUGCCGUGAUUAAUUUGAAAACCGGGGAGAAGUUUCAAAUUGUUAAAGGUGCCCCGCAGGUUAUAAUUAAACUUGCAGGUGGGGAUGAGGAGGCCACCAAGGCUGUGGAUGACUUUGCCUCUCGUGGAUUGAGGGCAUUGGGCGUUGCGAAAUCGUCGCCUCUCGAAUCCGACAAAGCUCUUAACGACACCAAAAGUCAAAAUUUGCAAUGGAAUCUGAUUGGACUGAUAAGUCUACUGGACCCCCCAAGGCCAGAUUCCGGAGAGACCCUUAAUCGAUGCCGAGAAUUUGGAGUCAUCGUAAAAAUGGUUACUGGCGAUCAAGUUGUCAUCGCCAAAGAGGUAGCACGUCGACUCGGAAUGAGUCGGGUAAUAUUGGACGCAAACUAUUUAGUAGACUCCGAUCGAUCGGAAGAAGAGGUGACGGAAUCUUGUGAACGAGCCGACGGGUUUGCGCAAGUGAUACCCGAACAUAAGUACAAGGUGGUAGAGAACCUGAGUCGCCUUUAUCGUUGA